AUUUACUUCAAUAUAUAAUAACAAAUUUAUCACUUAUUCUUCUUUCAUUGAAAUUAUGUUUUUAUUUGCAGAUAACGCAAUUGUAAAGGUGGAUGUAGAAUUAAAAGAGGUAACGAAGAAUGGCGGAAAACGGAACUAUACGCAUCGAGAGUAAAAUCGAAGAUAGAUAUAACAAAAUACGGUUUUGAAUUUAAUAAUAACGCAGAGGGCUCUCAACAACUACAUGAAGUUCUAUCCCAAACUAUAAAUGAAAACUCAAAGGAAAUUAUAAUUAAGAUUUGUUCAUUUCAGGCAAAAACUCGUCGAAUGAGUCUAAUUUUACCAAAAUCGGAGGUGGUGGGGGUAUUCUACAUAAUUACCAAAACAUUACUUGAAAAUGUAACUAUAAACACUUACAAUAAUACAAUAGGUAGGGUUGUUUUGCACGAAUUAAUCAUAUACUUUUAUUGAUGAUACUAUUCUUAAUUUUAUUUUAAUUUUUGCAAAAAAUACACCAAAAACAAUUUGCACGAUAUCCCUACCAAAAUGCUCUUACAUUAAAUCAAAGCAACAAUGCGAAGGUAGUUUAACCCAGACAUCACAAUCGCAAAUGAAUAAGCGUGCUACAUUCUCAUCCAACUACGAAAAGACUUUAGACUCUACUCCGAAACGGAUCAAUGAUUUGAACGAAAAGCAACACAAGUCUAAAAAGUCUUGUCCGCCAUCUCGUCAGCUAAUUUUGGGAAAACCAAGCCUGCAAUGAUGGAGCGUCAUCAAGAAUGGCACGAUGAAUGUUACCUAUCUGACAUACAAGAAUUACCUGGUUCACUGCAGUUAGAUAAAGAAAAUCAAACGAGGAAUCAUAACAACUGUUGUGCGCUGCUGAAAGAGCCGAAUGCAGGACGAAGUGACGAGGUUGUAGGACAAGAUUUAUUACCGUCGUUCCUGCUGAUGACACUUCAGCAAUUCUUCGAAUGCGACAAUCAAUUGAAAGUGGAUGCGAACAUGAGAAAACAAUUUGAACACAUGAUAUGUCGAAUCGGAGGUUCGACAGGUAAACAAUUUAUUAGAAACAUUUUAUCACAUAUAAUGUGUAAUGAAAUAGGGACCCAAAUAUCAUGGACAGACCAAAAGAGUGGUGUACGUUUUAAAUCCACAUCCUUGUCCAAACUAAUAAUCGAUUCUGUGAUGAAAUGGUCACCAGCGUCACCCGUGCAGAACUAGAAGCUGCCAUGCAAGAACGGCUCCGUCGCUCAGGUGACAGGAUCAGAAGUACGAUUAAUAAUAAUAAAAUGUUUAUUAAUCAGUAAAACAAAGUUAUUUUACUGAUUAAUACACAUUUACUGGAAGUCUUCCAUGAGAAACUUUGCAAAACAUGUUUUGUAUCGUGUCUUGUCGUUUCAAAAAGGAAUGGAACCGUUGACAUUAUUUAUGAUUACGUGACGCGGCACUGGUUUUUAGAAUGUCAAGGAAAUCCAGUGAUAGUCUUAAUUUGUAACAUCUAUGCUGUAGGUUGAUCUUACGGAUAUACAGGAUGUCCUAGACCAAUGUAUAAAAAUUAUUACGAUGAAGUAGAAGGGAUCGAGAUAAAU